ACAAAAAAAAUGGAACAAAAUACAUACUCAUCUUCAAAAUUUAAAUGAUAGUAUAGAGCAGAAGUUGUCUUUGAAUUUCCCUUCCUCACCCUGCUUCCAAGUCCAGUCUGGACUCAAACUUGUGAUCCUCCUGCCUCAGCCUCCCAGAGUACCAGGAUUACAGAAAUGUGCUAAUGUCCCUGGCCAGUUGGUGAAUCUUUCGAAUUUGGAGUGGACAGGGAAGCAUUCAUACAAAAAUCCCCCCCCCCUUUUUUUUUUUAAAGUAUUUUGGUGCCUGCCUGAGUCCCUGACAGGGUGGGUCCUGACCUUGUGGGGGUCACAGGGCGUGGAAACAAAGGGGUGUGUGACAGGGACAGGUCACAAAGGCAGGAGAGGAUAAAUACAGCUGUGCAGUGCCACAGACCAAGGUGUUUGCAGCUUUUUCUCCAACUCAAGACUGUAGCCUCCUGGAGAGAGAAACAUUAUCUCGACUGGAAAUGAGGCAUGCUGAUCCAGAAGAAAACCUCCUGGAGGUAUUUUUUCAUCUCUGAAGAGAGUCCGUCAGAGGUCCAGACACCCUCCCCGGGCCCUGGACACUGAGGCAGAGGACGCAGGGCCCCCUGGCCGGCGCCCCUGCCGUGACAGGAGAUGGCCACGAACGGUGAGUCUCCGUUACCCUGCUACGCAGCCAAGAGCGGCCCUGCGGCCAGCAUCUUCGGUACCAGCAUCGGGAAGCUGCAGCGGCAGCUGCACGAGGGCGAGUACUACAUGUUCAGGUCCACCCCUAUGUUCGAGAGCGACUUCGUCCAGAUCACCAAGAGCGGGGAGCCCAUAGAUGUGCACAACCACAGGGACUUGGUGACCGUGGCCGUGGCCUGCACCAGCCCCAUCCUCCCGAUCCCGAUCCCGAUCCCCAGCGUCAUGCUCCUGGCCCGGGAGGCCACCAGCUGUGAACAGUGCCACAGCCAGGCCCCCAAGAGGAAAAAAUGCAAGGCGGAGGAGCCCCUGGAGCUCACCAGGCUCCUCCCCUUGAAGUUUGUUAAGAUCUCCGUUCAUGACCUCGAGAAACAGCAGCUUCGCCUGAAGUUCGCCACGGGCUGCUCUUUCUACCUGCAGCUGUGUCGCCCCCUGGAUGCGUGUGAAGACCUCUUCACCUACUGGGAGAGCCUCAUUGACCUCCUGCAGCCGCCCUUUGAAAGUAUCAGUGGCACCUACGCCACCCCGGCCGAGGACAUUCUCUGCCUGCCUGCGCUGGCCGACGCUGACAGGGCCAGCCUGGCCUCCUGGUACACCUACAGCAGAGACUCCUGGGACCAGGUCAGCAUCCGGAGUGUCCAUUCGGACCCCGAGCUGACCGGAACCACCUUGGACGACCAAGGCAGAGACUCCUGGGACCAGGUCAGCAUCCGGAGUAUCCAUUCGGACCCCAAGCUGACCGGAACCACCUUGGACAACCAAGGCAGAGACUCCUGGGACCACGUCAGCAUCCCGUCUAUCUACGAGGUCCCCAAGGUGCCCGGGGCCACCUCCCCUGCUUAUGCCAGUGGGGAGGGAGACCAGCCCAGCUCUCGUACAUCCACCGCCACUCCCAAAGUAUGCACCCCAGAAACAAGAUCCGCGGGGUCUGCCGAAGCGUCAGCACCAGGGACAAAAAGAGAGGCGGCGGCAGCUGGGGUGGCAUCAGGCAUGCCAAGUGUGGAAGCUGCCCAAGUGAACACAGCCCUGGCCGAGGCCACCUUUAUAGGGGAAGGAGGAAGCAAAAGCCCCGUGGCAGGCAUUGGCAAGACAUCCCCAAGGAGCAUGAGUGUCGCCUUGGCCGGCGCUGGCCAGUUCUCGGAGCCCGUGUCCAGCACAGCCAGCUGCUUCUCCCCAGGGGACAAGGCGAGUGCCUCGUCUGAGGGAGGAGAAGCCAGCCCCAAGGAGGCCGGGGAAGCAGCCAACGCCCCGGCCGUGGGCGUGAGGGUGCGUGAAGGCCCCGGGGGUGCAGAGGCCGGACAGCAGGGCAGCCCCCGGGCCAGCAGGGCCUCCCGCAAAGAGCACAGGGAAAGACGCGAAGGUCGCCACAAGACAGAGCGGGACAAGAUGGCCCAGAAGUCGUCCAGCCGGUCCUUAUCGGGCCACAGGACGCACAGAGUCAAUAAAAAUGAAGAAGGCGGCCACCGCAGAGCCAAGAGCAGCAGGGACGGCCACAGCCCCAAGGGCAUCAGCCACACCCGCCUUGAGAAGAAGCCCAGGAGCUCGAACAAAUCCAGGAGGAACAAAUCCAGGAGGAGGAGCUCAUCUGCUGAGAGCUCGGAGUCCACGCCCAGGAGACUCAGCAGGUUCAGCUCUUUCCUAAGGAAGAUCAGGGCCAAGCUCGGCGUGAAGGGGGUGGCCUCACUGCAUGGUGGCGACGUGGACACGGUGCCCAGGAGGGUGGAAGAGACCGACCUGGAGGCCAUGGUGGAGAUGGCAGAGUGUGGCCAGGGAGUAGAAGUCGGUUCUGUGACAUCUGAGGUCAUGAAAACGAUGACCUUAAGAAGCCCAUGAAACAGCACCCAGAGCCAGAAGCCGCAAAGGGCCCCAGGAGCACCCCAACAGAGCCUACUCUACUCUUCUUACUUUGGGUGAAAUAAAAAGCUAUUCAACCCGA